UGUGGCUGUUGAAAAGAAGAGAAGACUUUCGUACUCCGUGACUCGUACAUGUUGUCGCUUUUUCACGAUCUUCUCUUCCUCCUCUCCCCACCCUCCCCCGAUCUUCCCUUUUCCAUCUUCUUCAUUCAAACAUUGACAUCAAAGCUUUUCUGAAGUUUGUUGACAUUGACGACUUCUUUAAAAUGACAUCUCAAUGAGUCAAGGUGGAAGUGAUAAUGAUACGACGUCAAGCGACAGCCUGUUAAUGGAGAAGUUCGCGCAAUCUGGCGGGCAAUCUGCCCCAGACUCUGCGUCUCCCCUUACGUGGAGCGACACGAUAUACUCGACGAGUCCUUCCAAGUCUCAACGAACACUUCCGCGAUUAACUACACGCUACAGACAGCCAUGGCGACACUCGGUGUCCACGGCCGCCGCCGACGUCCCAUCCCAGACCGUUCGCGAGUUCAAGCCCAGUCGCCAGCGGAUGCGCCUUUUCAUCAAAGCCAUUUAUCGAUGGGCCAUCACCGCGAUCCUGUGUGGCCUUCUCGCGACCUGCCUGGGAGUGUUUGGCAACCUACUCAAAAUGUCGGUCAGCCAGAUCAAACUUUUCAACGCGCUCAUCGUCCUCUUGUCGCUGUUCCUGGGCAACAACUUGAGCAGCACACUCCGCGAAUUCGCACUCAUGUUCCGCUGGCGGCUCCUGGCGUCCAAGUAUCGCUCGCUCCAAGAAUUCGACCUCAUCAUGUCCUGUGACAGUCUGCGGAAAGUGAUUGGCCUUUUCCGCGCGGCGCACACGCCAGGCCGACUUUUUUUCAGGCUCAACCGCACGCAGUGCCUGUGCGCCCUGUGGCUGGGCAUCAACAUAUGCCUACAAGUCCUCGUGGCGCUACUCGGUUUGACAUACAGUCUCGGCACCUCGAAGCAUCCCGGCGUCAAAUUUGGCCAUCUGAGUGUCGCCAACUUGACCCAGAUCAAUGAUGUCUGGAGCGCCGACAACCCCGAUUUCGCGGCACAGUUGGGUUCCGCCAACAGCUACGGCAUCCAAGGGCAAGACUACCUUUUUGUCAACGGACCAGUCCCCGGACAAACCGGCCCCUGGGUAUUUGGCAAACCAAGCACACCGACCGUUUACGGCAACGGCGCGAAAUGGGAUUCGAUGACAUAUGCGUUUCAAGAUUCAAACCCGACCAACGUCGACAUCACGCUCAUCUCCCACCGAACAGUCACGAUCGAGGCGCACUGCGCCCCCCUCGAGCUCGUCGACGUGUCCGACCUCGAGGCGAAGAGCCUCGGCGACGACACCGGCACCGAGACCAUCCAGUACCGCGACGAGCGCGGCGCCCUGAGAUUUCUCGACCUACCACCGGGCGAACCUGGAGCCAUGACCUACGUCGGCGUCCUCGGAGCGACGUGCGGGCCACGGUGCACGCAGGUCAUGGCACUCCAAAACGCCAGCUCGCCGCACAUCCCCAAGGCCUCGUUCUACACGUGCAACAGCACCCUGUACCCCGUGGAGGGGGUGCAGGAUUACUUGUUCCCGGGCACGAACCAAACGGAAUCCACGUUCCAGAUCCACGACGAGCAGGCUCGCAUCGUGGCGGGGGCCGUGGGCUGGUCCAUCUCGGGCAUCCGCUUCACCCAGCAGGGCCACGACGACAACACCACCGGGCUCGCGUACGAGGUCUCCCGCUACACCCUCUCGUCUUACUGGAGCCCCAACAGCGCCUCGUCGGCCUACUGGGUCGAGCAGAGGCUCAUGGAGUACGCCAUCGAGGCCGUCGCCGCCAUGGACUACAACGGGCCCCAGCAGAACGUGACCGGUUGGUACCCGGUGCUGGCCCAGUCGGUGACGGUCGAGUGGGUGUGGGCCGGGGCCAUCCUGGCCCUCGUUCCCGUCUUACAGUUGCUCGCCUCGGUCGGCAUCAUCAUAUGGUCCAACACGGCCAUCAUCCGUGACGAGAGCGCCCUCAGCACCGCCCGCCUGCUCCGACCCGUGGUCGAGGGCCUGGGCGGUAAAGGUUGUCUCUUGUCCGGGGAGGAAAUCGCCCACAUGUUCCCCGGGGUCAAGGUCAAGUACGGCUGGAGGGAACCCGAGGACCUGACCUUUCGAAACGAGAUCGACGACACCAGGACUGUCAGGCACGUGGACAUCCUCCAGGAACAGGACGGCUACAGCACUCAAGGUCCGAUGCCUGCCGGGUUCUACGAUGGUGAGCCGUCGGACCGAGAGGACGACGAGGAUGACGAUGACGAUUAUGAUUACAACGACAACCACAUGAAAUGCAAUUUGUUGAAAUGUGAAAAGACUGGGUCACGGUACAGAUAUGAUAGACUUGCGAGAAGAAGACGAGGAGGAAAAAGAAGGAUGAGUAUAUAAAAUUACACUCAUGGAGCUAUUUGGAUUAGCUCCUUUAACACAUAUAGAUGAAAAAACAAAUGUCAAAAAUAUUUAAUAUCAAAUAA